AAAAAUACAGAAUCGGGGGCAGUACGUCACUCAAUCUACGUGCCGUAAGGCCAUUUUUAAUAAAAUGUAAAAAUAGUUACUUAAUAUAUAUUACAUAAACCUGGCUGGAAAAAGUACUCUUCGAAUGCUUCGGAUGAUCAUAGAGGUUAUUUUCAGCUAUAAAUGGAUGAAAUGCUGUAAAAUUCGCUAAAUUUUCUGUAAUAAUGUCAAACGUGAAUCAGCACCUGUGAAAUGAGUAGAAUUGUCGCAGCGGCCACGGUAAGAGCCCUCAAAAGUAAACGUACCAUACCGUCAAGAGCUGCUCUUGUUUUGACUCCCUCAGCUGUAGAUAAAAUCAAAAAAAUACUCGAUGGAAAAUCAGAAUACAUUGGUUUGAAAAUCGGCGUUAAGCAGCGAGGAUGUAAUGGGCUCAGUUAUACUUUGGAUUAUGUCAAAGAAAAGGGAAAACUUGACGAAGAAGUUAUACAAGAUGGCGUUCGUGUUUUAAUUGAUGCGAAAGCUCAAUUAACAUUACUUGGGACUGAAAUGGAUUACGUGGAGACGAAAUUAGCAUCGGAAUUCGUUUUCAACAAUCCGAAUAUUAAAGGUACCUGUGGCUGUGGAGAAAGUUUUACUGUCUAGUCUCUUUAUUAAGAGUAGAAUUUCCGCUAAAAUAUUUUUCUUGUUGAUAAUAUUAUUUCGUUUAAAAUUUUUCUCGAAGUUCACCUAUUCGCGUUUAUCUAAAAAUAGCAGAGCUGAAGUGAGGGUUUCUUUUUGAAUACAUUUGAAGUGUGUCAGAUUUUGUCUCGAUGUGUGUUUUCACAAAUGUUAUUAAAUUUACUUGGAAAGCGAAAUACACCAUCGUAUGUUAUUGUUUUAUAA